AUGACUCAGAACUGCAGGGCAUUGAAACAACACUUGGAAGAUCUAGUAGCAGCUGGGCACCUAAGGGAUUACAUUGAUCAGGAUAAGGAAGUGGCCGAACUGGGGAACCCACCGCCAGAACCAAACAUUGAGCAUCCACCUCGGCUAAUAAUAAAUAUGAUCCAUGGGACAGCGACUCAGGAGUCUGAGGAGGCACUGAAGGAAGAGAUCGCUAAGGCUGCACAAAUUCAGCAGGUCAUGUCAGUGGAGCCUGCAUCAAAAAAGGUACGUACAGUACCUAAAUCCCCCUUGUGCACUGUUUCAUUUACUAGCAAAGAUUUAGAAGGCAUACAGCACCCACAUACUGAUGUAUUAAUUAUAACUGUGGGAAUUGAGAAACGGUUUGAUGUAAAACGAGUCUUGGUAGAUCAAGGUAGUGCAGCAGAUAUUUUGUAUUAUGAUUUGUUCAGAAAGCUUGGUCUCUCCGAGCAGCACCUCACCCCAGCGGCAGCCCCGUUGGUCGGUUUCAAUUCACAGCCAGAAUGGCUGCUUGGCAGAAUAGUGUUGCCAGUCGUAGCGGGAACAAAACCCCUCCAGAUAGAGUUCUUAGUUGUUAAUACACCAUCCCCUUACAACGUCAUACUUGGCCGUCUGUGGAUUCAUCAAAUGGAGGCAGUCCCUUCAACCUACCACCAGCUCAUCCGUUUCCCAACGGAACACGGAGUAGAGCAGAUCUCAAGGGAUCAAGUUGCGUCCAAACAUUGCUUUAUGGCAGCAUUGAAGGCAAAGCAGCUCUGUAAUCGGGUAUAG